CGAGUACUUAGUUGGCGAUUGUUGCCGCCGGAGCAAAGACGUAUAUACAUCAUGGCUACGGCUAGAAGUUGCCGCAUCGAUUCCGCCUGGAGCGACAAGCUGCAGGAGCUGCUGGCCUGGUUCGAGAGCAAUCCGAAUCUACCCGAAAAGAUUGAGCCGAUUGUGAUGCUGCGGUUCCUAAAGUGCGUGCAGUACGACGUGGAGAAGACGAAACCUCUGGUGGAGCUCAACUACAGCAUGCGGAACAAGCAUGCGCACCUGUUCAUCGACCGCAACAUGGACGAUGAGAUGACGGCCAAGGGUUUGCGAGUCUCUGAUUUGCUGAUACUUCCGGGCCUGACGCCAGAGGGGAACAAGCUGCUCUUCUUCCGCAUGGCGGACAUGGAUCCACACACGCGCAACUCCGUGGAGGAAACCAAAAUCUUCUUCAUGAUGAGCGACGCUCGCUUCACGCUGCCGGAUGUAGAGCCAAAGGUGGGGGAGGAGGGGCGCGACCUGGACGAGUCGGACAUUGCGGAUGGAGACGUGCAGAUAGUCGACAUCGAGGGAUACACGCUCCGGCAUCUGGCCUACAUAUCGAUCUUCGUUCUGCGCAUCUACAUGAAGUUCCUGCAGGAGGCAUACCCCUCGCGACUGCGGGCCAUGCACGUAAUCAACUGCCCCUCGUAUCUGGAUCGCCUCAUCUCCAUGAUGUCCCCCUUUCUGCGGGAGGAAGUGCGCAAUUUGAUCCAUUACCACACCGAGGGCAUGGAGAGUCUGUACCGGCAAGUGCCUAAGGAUAUGUUGCCCGAGGAGUAUGGGGGGAAGGCUGGCACCAUUGCCGAGCUCAAGGCCGGGGGGAUACAGUCCAUCAAGGAGAAGAGCGCUUACCUGAAUGAUGAGCGUUACUGGAAGGUAACGUCGCUGAGCAAAAGUCGCUGGUCCUGGUUUUGAGGAGGAGGACCCAACUCUCUGCAGAUGGUUCAAUGGUCAAUGUCGUGAUAUUCAAAUGUGAUCAAUGAGCGCAGCCACGCCACCCACUCGGAGCCACGGACACAUACAUACAUGUAUGUCGCGGCAUGCUAUGAUUAGCUAAUAUUUCUUUUUCGUACAAAAUGGUCCUUUGUUUCGUAUCCAAGUGAGCGCUGAAAAUACAAUACCCUCUCUCUCUCUCUGUGUUUAGGUGAAAUAUAAUCAGUUCAUAUUUAACCCUUCA